AUGCCAAUUGCGGCCAAUAGCUUCAGUAAACCCCACGGUCUUUUGUUGAGGCAGCUCUCUUUUAUUCUAUCGAAAGGUGUCAAUCCACUUAUUUUGCUUUCAGCCGUUUCAGAUGAAUUCAUUGACGGUUUUAAAGGUCUACAUCAUGCCAGUGGAGAACCGAUCACCAUAUUUGCACCCGAUGCAGCCGGAGCUCACGACUCGCAGAGCCGCCUGAACAGUACAAGCCCAGCCAAAAAAGGUGUGCCGUUUUGGUUACUUGUGUGUGUAGGCCUCGAUAUCUUUACGUUGUCACUUGACAACCACGUCCUUCACAAGGAUUGCCUCUUCAAAACGAACAUGAUCGUGACUUCUUCGACUCUACAAAUCUGA